CAUCUUCCGUUUUCACUUCACCGGGUGUCUUCGUUACUGUUUGUUGAGAACGUAGGGAUAAUGUGGCGCUCUAUCGCUGCGGGUUGUCUCCUUCUCUGCGCGGCCCAAUUCGCCUGGAGCUUGGGAGAGUACUCGCGAACGGCCAGUUACGAUGACCAGAUCGUCGUCCGAUGUACCGACAAGCUAAAAGGGACCAUCCAGUUGCUCCAACAGAACACGGAUCUGUGGCACGUCGGUCAGGACACCGUGGACCUCCGCAUGGCCCGGCGGACGUUUGCCAGGGUCCAGCAAUACAUCCCCGAGUGUCGUGUCCUCAUUGACAACGUCGAGGAGCACAUACAACAGGCAGAGGCCGAGAUGUUCCCGGCCAGACUCCAGGAAGAGGAGGUGUGGGCACAGUCUGUACUGGAGAGUGUCCUCAAUACAAAGGCAAGUCUAGCCGAGUGCCAAGCGGCGAUAGAGAACUGGGAGAAGGCCAGGUUCCAGGAAGGAACCAACGCUUGGUUUCAAGAAUACCAUACCUACGAUGCAAUAGUCAUGUGGUACCAGAAGGAGGCAGAAGAGCACCCAAACCUGGUCCGCUACGUCAGAGUAUAGGUCAGAGCUACCUGGGCCUCGACAUGCCCGCUGUUCACAUCACGGCAAGUAGCAACCCCGAGAGGAAGAAGAUUUACUUCCAGUGCCAGAUCCACGCACGUAAGUCCCCCUCAUAUCUCCUUCCCCACGCCCUCUCGUUUACAAUAUUAUCGGAGUUGGGUUGUUAGAGACAAACUUUCUUUUAGUUUGGAUUCUAGAAGAGGGGUUCCAUGUACAUUUACUGUGUCUAUCCACUUAGCUACCAAGUGCCUCCAGCUAAGCUCAACUGUGUGAAGAGACUUUGCACACCCUCUUUAGAAUUAUUAGUAUACGUGAAAUGACCUAUAUGUGCUGUUUUGUUUUUUACGAGUCUACGUUGGUUUGUUUUCCAGGAGAGUGGAUAUCCGGGGCGGUCUGUAUGUACAUUGUGGAUCAGAUGGUCACCCUUUAUGAUGAAUCAGACCCUCAGGUUACUGGGAUCCUUGACAGUGCGGAAAUAAUUCUAAUCCCUUUCGUCAAUCCCGAUGGAUAUGUGUAUACGUGGGCCCACGAUCGACUUUGGAGGAAAAACCGUCGGACGGUUGGGUCGCAGAGCGGGAGACCUAAUCCCUGUGUGGGUGUUGACAUCAACAGAAACUUCCCAGAGGGCUGGAGAGAGGGAGGAAAAAAGUCCAACAACCCGGUCGAGUGUUCAGAAGACUAUGGCGGACCGAACCCCAUGUCAGAACCAGAGACUAGGAACAUCAUCAACUAUUGGAAGGCCAACGGACCCAUUGUGGGAGCUAUCGACUGGCAUUCCUAUGGACAACUCAUUCUUCAUCCCUGGGCCUUUACGAAGGACGACCCUAAGCACGAUGAACAGAUUAAGCAACUCGGAAGUAAUAUGGCCAAAGCUAUUAAAGAGGUCCAUGGUACUGACUAUACAUCAGAGAAAUCCAUUGAUCUCUACCAGUGUUUUGGAAUAGCUAGCGACUGGUUUUACGGCGACGAUGCAUCUUCCACCAACGGAGGUUACAGAGCUGUUGGAUAUGUCAUUGAACUGAGGGACACUGGAACUAAAGGAUUCCUCCUGCCUCCUGACCAGAUACUUCCAACGGGGCAGGAGAUAUUCCCAGCUGUCCUCCUCUUUGCCAAGACUCUCCUGGAACACCCCAUCUCCUAUGCCGCCCACGAUGCAAUGGUUCAGAGCGAGGGGUUUUCACCCAUGAGGUUCCGUGGUCGCUAUGGCUCUCAGUACAACAGCUGAUAUAUGUCGUGGACACUCAACAUCGCCAGUAAUACACGUUACGUCGUCUCCUCUGGGUCAUGAAUCAUUCUUAUCAUUAUUAUUAUAGUGUACUUCAUUGUAGUCGUCUAAUAUUAGAGAGAUUGUAAACAUUAAAAAUGGAGAAACAUUAACUAAACAUUUGUCGCUGAAGUCUCAAACCUAAGUUGCAGGAAUUUUGCGGAAUAAUGGUACUCCAACAAAAUAUAUUUUUUGUG